GUGAUCCAACCCUGUUGUGGACGUCACCAACCACUGAUUUCCAUUUAACAAUAGUUAAAACAAUGUUUAGAAUAGUAUUUUUUAAAUAUAUUAAUUUAGUGUUUUGUAACUAAACGGUAAUUCACGAAACAUGCAACAAUUUUUAGUGGACGACACGUAAAUUAAUUUUUUGUGCCUAAUAUUUUGACAAGCAAGAAAUAAAAGUCUGGAGAAACUUUCAAUAGAGAUUAUAAUUUUCCGUUAUUGAAAAGAUUGGAAUUUCGCAAUAUUAAAUGAAAUAUUGAUGACAGUUCUUUGAAAGAGGUUAAGUCAAUAGCCGCUAUCUUGUAUAUGAAUGACGUUAAAAUUUUCCUGUGACGUUUACACAUGUGCUUCCCAUACGGAAAUUUCCUGAAAAGCAGUAGCAGCAGCAGCAGCAGCAGCAGCAGUAGCACAAAAAGAAAAUAAGAUGCUUCCACUACAUCAUCGUGACAAUCCAAGUAUUUUAACAAGAAUCAAAGAAAAAUUGCAAAGUUGGCUGCGUCUAGUUUUCGCUGACAAGAAUACAAGAAAUUUAUUUUCAUUUCUAUUGAUUAAUUUUGCCUUUGCAUUCGUUGAAUUGUCAUAUGGUUUUUGGAGUAAUAGCUUGGGACUAAUAUCAGAUGGAUUUCAUAUGCUAUUUGAUUGCGCCGGUCUUAUCACUGGUCUUGUUGCAUCGGUGAUAACGAAAAAACGUGCCAAUGAACGUUUCACCUAUGGCUAUGUGAGAGCUGAAGUUAUCGCCGGUUUCAUUAAUGGCCUAUCAUUACUUGUUGUUGCAAUGCACAUUAUGUCAGAGGCAAUUGAACGGGCCAUUGAACCACCGGAAAUAAAGCACGAGAGAUUAUUUAUUAUCUCCGUCGCUGGACUAAUGGUGAAUUUAAUUGGAAUAUUUGUCUUUCAACAUGGAGGAGGACAUCAUGGUCACAGUCAUGGAGGAGGAGGUGGUGGUGGUCAUGGACAUGGACACAGUCAUUCGCAGUAUAAUAAUCAUGAUCAUUCCCAUAAUCAUGUGGACGAACAUCAUCAUCAUCAUUCGCACGAUUCGGAUAUUUCGCCGCAAAAUUCGCAGAUAAUGAAGGGUGUAUUUUUGCAUAUUUUGGCCGAUACACUUGGUUCGGUGGGAGUUAUUAUAUCGACAUUGUUGAUACAAUGGUUUGGUUGGUUGAUUGCCGAUACUAUUUGUUCGAUGUUUAUUGCUGUUUUAAUUGCAAUUAGUGUUGUGCCGUUAAUUAAGGAGACGGGUGUGAUUUUAAUGCAGCGACAGCCAACGGCAUUGGACAAAGUAUUGCCGCAAUGUUACAAUAAAGUUAAGCAAUUGUCGGGUGUUAUUGGUGUUCAAGAGCCACAUUUUUGGAGUCUUAGUUCGGAAAUUUAUGUUGGCUGCUUGAAAUUAGAAGUCGAUGCACGAACUGUUGAGCCUAAAUAUGUUCUCGCACAUACGCAGAUGAUAUUUCAAGCGGCUGGUGUACGACAACUUACUAUUCAACUUGACUAUGUUCCGGCAUGAUGCGGGAAUGAUGAUUUAUUAUUGUAUAAUAGUAAUAGUAUCGAUGAGAGCUUCCAUAUUCUAUCGGUUUGUAAGGCAUUCUGGGCGUGAAAUUUCCUUUUUUUCCUUUUGUCGAAUUUUCCUUUUUGUAAAUUGAUUUUUGCUACUUUAUAAGGCGGCCAAUUGCAAAUCUCGACGAGAUUUCAAAAACAAUUUUAGACUUUCGUUCCUUUCUGACCUCUUUAGAUUGUAGGACAAAAGUUCCAAUCCAAAACUUUUUUAAUUAAAUUAUUUUAAUGAAUUAUAUUUAAUAACAUUAUUUACACAU